AUGCAUUCACCAUCACCGCAACUCCUGCGCGUCUUGCGCACCUCUUUGGUUAAUACUCGUGGCGCCUCGAACUUGACUCGAUUCUGCCAGAUCCCAUCAGCAACUGCAACACCAUGUCUCGUCUCAAAUCCUAGCACUGCAAUGCCCUCAACACGACGCAAUUAUAGCUCACCUAUCCGACCAACCCGCAUGAUUCCUCGAUCGCACGCGCACAAACCAGCCAGCCGCGACCGCGGCCCGGAGUCCAAAGAAGACACUCAGACCAACUUUGAUUCGUUGAACGUGCUGGGCAACAUCCCUGCACCAACAACGGCCAUUGAUGCAUGUCUCGAUUCUGGGUUUCAUCUAAACAAUGGUGUCAAGCUUACGAACGGUGAUGGGCUGUUGCUGGUCGGCGGUGAGGCAUUUGCGUGGCGGCCGUGGAAGGCUGUUGAGGGCGCAGAGAGCGAUCGUGUCGCUAAGGAUGCUAUGCUCAAUGCCAAAGGGCAGUUCGAGCUUGAUGAGUCGGUCUGGGGUUUACUGAAUCUUGUCUGGCCAAAGCCUGGUAUGUUGGCUCUUGUUGCUUUUUUGUCCCGGAUAUGUGCUUUCGUCCACGGACAUGACAUGCUUGAGCUUCACCGCAAAAUCACUCUUCGAUAUGCUAACAGUUUCACCACAGAUAUGCUCAUCCUUGGUCUUGGUGGCUCGAUAUUCCCGCUAUCACCUGAAACUAAGCGUCACAUCAACUCGUUGGGUAUUCGGGUGGAUAUCCUCGAUACUCGGAAUGCAGCCGCACAAUUCAAUCUCCUUGCUACGGAGCGUGGUGUUACUGAGAUUGCCGCUGCUAUGAUUCCUAUUGGGUGGAAGGCUAGACCUCUCUAG